AUGGCUGAGAAAACAACCAGAGGCCCGCAGGAUGUCCCCAGCUCUUCUCCUGAUGAAAAUGAAUUUCCUUUCGGAUAUCCCACUAACAUUUGUGAGGAUGUGCCUGAUCAGAAGUACCUGUGCAGCAACUGCAAUAACAUUCUGAAGAAAGCCCUGCAAACGCUCUGCGGGCAUAGGUACUGCUCAGCCUGCCUCUCCUGGAUUGUACGAAACAAUAAAAAUGCAAUUUGCCAGAAAUGUAAAGAGGAAGAUCCCAGCACUUUAAGUGAGGAAAGCCUAUUGGCAGAAGAAAGGGCUUUUGGUGAUGCUGCCAUUAAUAAAGAGAUUUCUGAACUCAAAGUACACUGUGUGACCCUUGGAUGCAGUUGGUCUGGUAUCAUGAAAAAUUUUGAAGAGCAUCAGAGCUUAUGUGAAUAUGCGUUAAUCCCUUGUCACACUGGUUGUGGACACAUGGUGAUGAGAAAGAAACUUGCAGAUCAUUUGGAAAAUGGAUGUGUUAAUAAUGUGACAAUGUGUCAGAAGUGUAAGCGGAGCUUAUCCAGCAGUGAAUACCAACCUAAACUGAUCAUCGGAGAGCUUGUGUCCGUGUCUCCUCUGAGAGUCAGCUGCUAUGUCGCUGGACCUGUACCUUUGAGUUCUUCCAUCUCUGUCUCUCCCAAGAAGUCAAAGGGAACAUUGCUCGAUUUGACCGCAGGCCAGUUGUGGCAGUUGUACGGAGAGUGUAUUGACAGUGUCAUCUUCUUACAGGGAAGCAAAGAGAAGAUAAAGGAGCACGAAAAAACUGCAGUUGGGGCCCACAUGCUGCUUCUGCUGCAGCACAUAAAGCAACUGAAGGCAAGCUUGUGCAGUGCUGCUAAAGCUGCAAAUGGUUCCAUCCCCCAGUCAGAGCUGAAUGUGAAUGGUGCAGGAAAAAGCAUCUCUGGUCUGCAGGUCCCUGUGGGGCUGGAAAUCAAUGGGGAUCUGGAAGUAGACUGUUUUCCGGGAUCUUCUGAAGAUGAAUCUGUUCUGCAGCAGCUUGUGAGGGAGAAAGUGAUUUCUGAGCUAGAAAAUAAGCUACAUGUGUUUGAGAAUAUUGUGGCAGUGCUCAAUAAGGAGGUGGAGACCUCUAACUUGGAAAUCACAGCCUUUCGGAGACAGAGUGAACUCGAUCAGAAUAUAAUACGAGGCCUUGAACUGAAGAUUGCAGAGUUGCACCGGUGCCUGACACAGAAGGAUGCGGGCCUGAGCAGUCUUCAUAAGAGUCUUCUGUUCUCUGAGCAAGCUUCCUAUGAUGGGGUCUUUCUGUGGAAAAUAACGGAUGUUGGCAGGAAGUUACAAGACUCUGUGACUGGCAGAACAGUCAGUUUGUAUUCACCAGCUUUCUACACUGCGAAGUAUGGCUACAAGGUCUGUCUGAGGGUUUACCUGAAUGGGGAUGGGACAGGAAAAGGAACCCACGUAUCCCUCUUCUUUGUAGUAAUGAAAGGAGACUACGAUGCUCUGCUCCCAUGGCCUUUCAGACACAAGGUUACGUUUAUGUUGCUUGACCAAAAUAAUAGGGAACAUAUUAUCGAUGCUUUUCGGCCAGACUUGACGUCUGCUUCAUUUCAGAGACCAGUGAACGAUAUGAAUGUUGCGAGUGGCUGUCCCAUGUUCCUCCCUUUGUCCAAACUGCAGUCACCUAAAUAUGCCUAUGUGAAAGAAGACACGCUUUUCCUUAAAUGCAUUAUAGAAACAAAUUAG